AUGAGCGAAGAGAAGUUCAGGUGGUGCAUCGAAACGGGCGAUAUCAAUGGUUUCAUAGACGCAUUGAAGAAUAUAAAAGAUGUUAACAAAGAACUUGGGAAUGGAAGAAGGCCUAUUCACAUUGCGGCAGAUUUCGGACAAUUAGAAAUGCUAGAUUUGUUGGUUAAGAACGGUGCUGACGUGAAGGACAAUUACGGUGUUACACCACUGCUUGCAGCGGUUUAUGAAGGGCAUGUAGACUGUGUAGCAUUCCUGCUGAAGAACAAGGCGGAAAUCAUUGACGCUCCGAAUGGUAGGAGAAUGUAUGAAUGUACCGACUUAGACGAUAUAAAAAGACUGCUUCAGCCAUAA